CCUGGCCGAGCGGGACGGCAAAGAGGCGCCUCGCGCUCGCUGCCCGCUCGCCCUUCAUGGCGCGCGCGCCCACGGCGGGGGGGCUGCCCUCCCCUUCCCUGCUGCUGCUGCCGCUGCUGCUGAGCCUGUGCUGGGCGACCUCGCUGCAGGGCCUUCAGGACGAGGCGGACAACCAGGAGAACAUCCUCUCCCAGUUGCUGGGUGACUAUGACAAGGUGAAGGCGGUAUCUGAAGGCCCAAACUGUCAGUGCAAGUGUGUGGUGAGGCCCUUGAGCAGAGGUGCCUGCCAGAGGCUGAAUGAAGGAGCUUCAAAACCAGACGAUUUUUACGUGGUGGAAACAAUAACAUCUGGACCAGAGUGCAAAUGUUCAUGUGUGGCUCCACCAUCUGCUUUGAAUCCUUGUGAAGGAGACUUCCGGUUGAAGAAACUGCAAGAAGCAGACAGCAAGGACUUCAAGCUGGCAGCAGUCAUUGAGAUGCUGGAAGGUGCUUUCUAUGGCUUAGACUUGCUCAAACUGCACACUGUCACAACAAAGUUGUUGGGUCGAGUCGAAAAACUGGAAGAGGAAGUGUCUAGAAACCUCACUAAGGAUAAUAAAAGCAAAAGGCAAAAUGCAGAGGAAAGUUUGCAAGAGAUACAUGUUAAAGACAAGACCAAUUCUUCCAUCAGCAGCUCCAACAACCUUGGUGAUAUCCAGAGUUCGCUGCAGAGAGACGCUGCUGCAGCCUACACCCUGACCGAGGGAAAAUAUGAAGAAGUUUACCUACAUGAUAAAUUGGCAUCUUCACAGAGAAUCUCAACAGAGUCCUUGCACUACAUGCCUCAAGCUCAUUCAAAGGAAAUGAGUCCGAAGUCCACUUUGUCAAAAAAACCUAAUGUGAAGAAUCAACCUUCAUCUCAGCCAACCAUCAUCCGAGGAAUCACUUACUAUAAUGCCAAAGACACUGAGACAGAAAAUGAACUAGAGGAACAAGAUGAGGCUUUCAGUGGUGACGCGAUUGACUUGCUGAUUGAGGACCAGCUUUUGCAACAUAACUACUUGUCGAGUAUCUCCACCAGAAAGCAACCACCCACAGAAGACCCCCUAAAACGCCAGAGUAAUGAGCACACAAAGGGACAUGCUGCGACCACUGUACCACUUGAGAACGAUGCCCCUAACACCACUACCCUCGUACCUGAAACUCCACUACCCCCUGCCGUCAUGACUCCCUCUUCUGAGCCAAUGCUAGCACCUACCUCAUUGGUUCUUUCUACCACUGAAGGCAUCUCAGCACCUUUGGAAACCACAACAGCUGCUGAAGCUUCCUCAAUAACUUGGUCAAAGGGUGGUAGUGCCAGACGGACUUUGAAAAGAGUGGCUGUAGAUAUCACGCAAGCUCCCAUAAUGACAGCAACCCCAAAUGUUCCUACUACAAAGCCACCAAGUCCCAUAGCGGCCAUAACAGAUUUCCAAAUAGAGACAACAGCUGAGCCUCGCACAGUGGCUGCUAUGGCUAAAGCCAUGAACUCUCCCAGCCCUAGCCUCACGGCCACACCCAAGGAGGGCCUGGAUGAAGAAGAUGUAAGAAACAGCAUUGGCCAGUGCAAGGACACUUUGUCCACCAUCUCAGGACCAAUGAUCCAGAAUACCUAUGGGCGGAAUGAAGGUGCUUGGAUGAAGGAUCCAGUUGCCAAGGAUGAGCGGAUCUAUGUUACCAACUAUUACUAUGGCAACACUCUGGUGGAGUUCCGAAAUCUGGAUAACUUCAAACAAGGUCGAUGGAGUAACUCGUAUAAAUUACCCUAUAGCUGGAUGGGUACAGGUCAUGCAGUCUUUAAUGGCUCUCUCUACUACAAUCGGGCCUUCACGCGCAACCUUAUCAAGUAUGACCUAAAGCAACGCUUCGUGGCUGCUUGGGCCAUGUUGCAUGACGUAGCCUACGAUGAGACGCCAUGGCGGUGGCGUGGCCAUUCCGACGUGGACUUUGCUGUGGAUGAGAAUGGCCUGUGGAUCAUUUACCCAGCCAUUAAUUAUGAAGGGUUCAGCCAGGAGGUGGUAGUCCUCAGCAAACUCAAUGCCAAUGAUCUGAGCAUACGUAAAGAGACCACGUGGCGGACAGGCCUGCGCAAGAACUUUUACGGCAACUCUUUUGUCAUCUGUGGGGUUCUCUAUGCUGUUGACAGCUACAAUAGAAAGAAUGCCAAUAUCUCCUAUGCGUUUGACACGCACACCAACACCCAGAUCAUUCCACACCUGCUCUUUGAAAACAAAUAUUCCUAUACCACUCAGAUAGACUAUAAUCCCAAAGAUCGGCUCCUUUACGCCUGGGACAAUGGCCAUCAGGUUACCUACAAUGUCAUCUUUGCUUAUUGAGGUAAUUUUAAAGAGCUACUCGCACCUUUGAAAAUAUAUUUUUAUUGUACAAAACAGAGUAAAUGUGGUUGUUAUGCUUUACCUUUUAAAAAUGGAUUGUAGAUCAAUCCAUCUACUAAAGUCAACCCUUUUAUUUUGGUCAUAACUUGCUUUUGUUUUUAUAGUGGAUAUUUUGCCUUUUAUGAGACAAUGGAAAUAUUUCUUCUUUAACAACUGCUAAGUUCAGACUCUGAAAUGAAUAAAACCACCCCCUUGCCAUGUUGUUUUUAUACAGGACUUAGUUUUGGAUAACCCCACAAAGUUACAAUCUUUAUAAUAAAACACCAUGUUAAAACUCAGCAAAACUA